AUGGUUGAUCGAUUUAACAAGCGAUAUCUUGAGGUCCUAGAUGUCCAUGCGCCUGUUAAGUCAGUGAAAGUCAAGCAUCGCCACUGUCUAUUUGUCAAUGAGGAAAUCAAAGAGCUGAUGCGAGAUAGAGAUAGAUUAUUGAAGCGUGCUUGUUGUACCGGGCUUCCUGUGGACUGGGAAGUGUACCGUGACUCCAGGCAAGUGGUUAAGAUCAGGCUAUGGAAGGCGGAACAAGAAUACAUAAAUAAAGAGAUGGAAGGAUGUCAGAAUACUAGUUCUCAGAGGAAAUUGAUAAGGAAUUGUCUGCCGAGAAAGGAGGCUACGCAGCAAGUGUACACGAGAGAAGUUAAGGCGCUCGCAGAGGAGUUUAACGAGUUUUUUGUAUGUUGGUGCUAAAGCAUCAGAGGCAUCUAAAGCCUUGAUUGCUACUCAUGAACUGUCUCCGCCAAACGAUUUCACUAGUGGACAAUAUAUUACGGAUGAGGAGAAGUUUAAUUUUUGCACUGUUUCAAGUCACGAGAUUCGUAGAGCCAUACUGUCAUUUUCAUCUAACAAAGCCCCGGGGUUUGAUAAAGUCACCAUGUCUGUGAUUAAAGAUGCGCUCCCU